AAGCGGCCAGUCGAUGAAUUGCAGUUUUAGUCACUUCCUUAUUGGCUUCACGAGAGGGAGCGCGAGGUUGCCGCUCGGAAAUAACCCCUAUGGAAAUAACCAGAAGAAGACGACGAAGCGGAAACCGGAAGUGUUGAGGCGGAAAGCGGCGUCAGUAUGACGGAGGAGGCGGCCCCGGGGCCCGCUGAGCUCCUCUCGGCCGAGGACUACGCCGCCGAGGCCAUGGCUGCAGACAUGGACCCCUGGAUCGUGUUCGACGCCCGUAAGACGCCCCGAGCAGAGUUCAGCAGCUGGCUGGAGUCGAACAGGCCGUCGCAGGUGAGCCGCUGUGGGGCCGAGGGCCCGGUGGGCUGGAUCUGUGUGCGAGGGCCGCAGUACUGGGAGGACAGCGGAGAUGUGGAGGGUCUGCAGGACAGCUGGGAGACACUGCUAGAGAGCGGCCGCAGCAUCAGCUUCCACACCAUCAGAGAGCUGGCGCUCAAUCACAGCGUGCUCUACGGGAAGUGGCUGAUGCACCUGGACACGGGCUUCAAGGUGGACCGCGCCUGGGAGAGCAUCGCCAGAGCCGUGCUCGACGGCAAGAUCGGCUCCGCCAAAGUGAGUCCCAGAGACCCGCGCUCCGACCCCAGGCACGUCAUCUGCGUCUACAACCAGAACUUCACAGACGAGGAGCAGGUGAUGCGUCUGGACUCGGUCAUCCGCGCCGCUGGUGUCAAGUGUGUCAUGUACUACAAACCUGACGUCUACACGUACCUGGGCAUCUACCGCAACAACCGCUGGAAGAUCUGCCCCACCAUCUACGAGAGCAUGUUCGACCUGGAGAGCGUCCCUCGCCGCUCACACAUCAUCAACAAGGUCACCAACCAGGAGGUGACGUGAAGCCGCUGCGCUCCCGGCCCGAACACCUCUCUGUCUUACUUUAGUUUGGAACUGCACUUUUGUCUUGAAGAAACGUUCUGUUGAGUUAGCGAUGUCAGUGACGGAGAAACUGCAUGUCGACGUGUGUACAUACAGCCAAAAAAAGGGCUUGAGAUAUUUGAGUUAUUCUUUUAAAACAUCUUUUAUAUUCAAUAAGGUUGGUUUUGUUCAUCUGUUCAUUUUGCCAAAUAAAUCCAGGAGAUUUCAAUCUGU